AGAUCCUUGGCCAUAGAAUUUUUACAUCUGUUCCUAAAACUAACCUAUAUAUAUAUAUAUAUAUUUCUCCAUUUUGAUCUUCUCAGUUAAAACAUUUACUUUCACGUUUUCAUUUCAGGAAUUCAUUAAGGAAAAACAAUGAGGAAGACUCAACAAUCCUCUUCAUGUCUUUUUCUCUUCUUAUUUGCAACCUUUUUCCAUCACUCGUUCGGUGACGUUGGCACUGCUGCGCAAUUCGGUCCUCCUUACCUACCAACUGCCUGUUUCGGGAAUGAUGCAUCGGCGUUUCCACCGAACAAUCUGUUCGCGGCGGCCGGAGAGGGAAUAUGGGACAAUGGGGCAUCCUGUGGGAGAGAAUACUAUGUAAGUUGCAUUAGUGCAGCUGUUCGUGGAACAUGCAAACCAGACCAGACCAUUCGGGUUAAGAUUGUUGAUCGUGCUCAAACUUCUGUUACUAGACCUUCUAGACCUGGUGCUACCAUCGUACUUUCCGAGGUCGGUUUUGGUAAAAUUGCUAACCCUGCUGCACCUUAUGUUAACGUUGAAUAUCAGCAGGUUUGAUGAAGAUAUUCAAGACCUUGAAGGCUGGUGAACAAUCAAUUAUAGUUAAUCUUUCUGUUAAUGUUGUUGAUUAGAAUUAUGUAAUCUCUUUUAGCAUUAUAUUCAUUUUCAAUUUCAAUGACAUAAUCCCAGCCAUCAUUUUACUGAAA